AUGGCACCUUCGGCCACCGAUACAUCUUUGACUGGACCAUCGACACAUGAUCCAACAGCGGAUAUUCAGCCACAAACAAAUGAAGCCAUUAGCUCUCAACCGAAGGCGUCCUUCACCGCAUUGACAGAUAUUGACGAGAUAUCCCCAUCUUCAACAUCCAACAGCCCAGGCGAUCCUUACGCGCUUCAAGGAUACAAAAGAGAGGACCUUCUGAAUAACGAAACUCAGGGCAUACCUAUAAAGCGCUCUCGUGGAAAAACCAGGAAGAUCAAAGAAAUACUACAAUCGACAGAACGCCUUGAUUGAUGCCUAUUUGGGUAGUCAUGGGGAAGAACAGGCAGAAAUCGAGGACACCCUGAAGAAUGGAGGCAAGGUCAAGUUUGCAGUCAAUGCCAGUUUUGUGGUUAACUUCUGCCUCUUCGUUAUCCAACUGUACGCAGCGGUAUCUACUGGUUCUCUUUCGUUGUUUGCAACUGCUGCCGAUGCCUUCGUGGGUUCCCAUGUAUCCCAAGAAUCAAUAUUGCAUUGCUAAUCUAUCUCGAAAUCUAGAUGGAUCUUGUCAGCUCCAUAGUUAUGCUUGUUACCUCUCGGUUAGCAGCAAAGCCUAACGUACAGAAAUUUCCGGUGGUAUGUAUUCCCUUCCACUUUAUACUAAACGCUGUACUUACCCAUAACCCAGGGACGCAAGCGUGUUGAAACUGUCGGAAUCAUUCUCUUCUGCGCUUUGAUGACAACUGUAUCUGUACAAUUAAUCGUAAGUGCCUACACUUCUUGUGCCUGAGCCUUGGCUUACACCUGCAAAUAGAUCGAAUCAGCACGAUCACUGGGUAAAGGUCCGUCCGAAGCGGAACAGUUACAUGUCAUUCCGAUCAUAUUUGUAUCGAUAGCUAGUAAGUUCGGCUCCUAUGUUUCGCAAUUACCAUGAGACUUCUCCAAACUGAUCUGUGAUAGUUUUCUCAAAGGGCACUCUAUUUGUGUACUGCUUCCUUCUAAGAAGAUAUCCCGCAGCUCGGAUCUUCAUGAUCGACCAUCGAAAUGAUAUUGCUGUCAACCUCUUUGGUCUUAACAUAUCCAUAGUCGGAACACGGUUCGCGAAAGUGUGGUUCUUGGACCCAACGGGUGCCAUCGUAUGUUAUCUUUCCUUUUAGACCUUUUUAGGCCCCCUUCUUGUUGAGAGAGAGUCCCUUUCCCAUACGUCCAUACUAGCGAACCAGGUUCUGAUAAAUAGCAGUGUAUCGCAUUACUCAUUCUGUAUUCACGGGCUUCAACUGCUUUUGAACAUACGUGGUAUUUGGUCGGCAAAACCGCUCCUCAAGACUUCCUCAACAAAUUAGUCUAUGUAUCAGUCACCCAUGAUCCCAGAAUCAAGAAGAUCGAUACGGUGAGCAAAGUUUCCAGGUAUUCUUUUCUUUUUUUGCUAAUAAUUCUAGGCUCGUGCGUAUCACGCCGGAGAUAAAUUCUACGUCGAAGUAGAUGUCAUAAUGUCGGAACAUGAGACUCUGAAAGUGACUCAUGAUGUUUCUCAGACCCUCCAGAGGAAAUUGGAAGGUCUUUCCGAUGUAGAGAGAGCCUUUGUGCAUGUCGACUACGAAGAUGAACAUGAUGUGGGAACUGAGCAUAAGGCCCUUUAUGAAGUCAAGGUGAAGGAACCCAAGGUCUCUGUUUCCGAAAGGAUCAAACAGAAAUUUACUCGCAAUUGGCAAGACGAAUAG